AUGCUGUCAAUAUGCGCUCGAUGUCUGCUGCGCUCCCCUAGACUCGGGCCUCGUCUGCCCCGCCAGCGGGCUGCCCUGCACACCGGUGAUCCCGGCCUGUCUCCGGCGCUGCUCACCCGCGCUCGCUUCCUGGCAGCCGAACAUGCACAGCUCUCGGAUCGCCUGGGCGAGACCUUUGAUGCGAAAGCCGCAAAGCGUGCCGGCGAGCUAGGUCCAGUUGCAAGUGUCCUACGAGAAUGGGACACGGCGAAUGAAUCAAUUGCUGAACUCAAAUCUCUACUGAACGACCCCGCCACCGACACGGAGCUGCACUCGCUGGCGAUAGAAGACCUGGAGAGCAGCAAGGCCUCGUUACUCACGAUCUCAGACCGAUUGAAACAGUCAUUGAUCCCCCGACACCCAUUUGCGGACCUCCCUUGCCUGCUGGAAAUCCGACCAGGCGCUGGCGGCGACGAGGCAGGUCUCUUUGCUUUUGAGUUGUUACGGAUGUACAUGGCUCUCUGCUCUCGACGGGGCCUUCGACCGACAAUCAUCAAGCAAGACAGUGAUAGCGGCACGGGCGAGGACCGUUUGGCGGAGGGCGUGAUAGAAGUCGAGACCGAGGGAGCAUAUGACCUAUUACGGACCGAGACGGGGGUCCACCGAGUGCAACGAGUGCCUGCCACCGAGGCCAAGGGCCGCACUCACACCAGCGCCGUCAGUGUGCUAGUCCUGCCCAGCUUUCCUGAAGACGGGAGUAGCACGGACAGUGCCUUGAAUUUCGAGGACCCGAACAGUGACUACUAUAUCGACCCGCAAGAGGUUCGAACGGAGAAGAUGAGAGCCAGCGGUGCUGGCGGACAACACGUGAACAAGACCGAAUCGGCAAUUCGGCUCACCCAUAUUCCAACCGGAACCGUAGUCUCUAUGCAGGAUUCACGGUCCCAGCAGGCGAAUCGCAAAAAAGCCUGGCAGGUGUUGCGCGCAAAGAUCGCCGAAGCUCGCCAGGAAGCCCGGGAGCAGGAAAUCAUGGUCCUCCGAAGAGGUGCAAUGGGCGGAGUGGCCAAGAUGGGUCGCGGCGACAAGAUUCGGACAUAUAACUUUAAUCAGGCUCGCUGCACCGACCAUCGCAGUGGCAUCACCAUUCACAACCUGGACAACGUAAUGGAUGGGGGCGACGGCCUGGAGACUGUGAUGGACAGCGUGCGCACUUGGCUGAAUGACCGCGAGGUCGAGGCCAUGGUGGUCGAGGAGCAGACCAAGCAGCAGCAAAAAUGA